AUUUACCCUUUCGUACAGUAUCAAUCUUUUUUAAGUCAAAUAAACUCUUUUUGCGUCUGGUUAGACUAUCGAACUUAAGGAGUAAACUCCAGUCGUGCGUCGGAGCUGACACACACAAUUUUUUUUCGAGUUUUUUAAAUGUUUAUGGCCAUUGGUUGUAACCGCAAAUGUGUAUCCCUAUUCCGAUACGACACACGGGGAAAAUCCGCUGUGCCAUACCUCUGUUAACUUUUAAAUCUCAACUGCAUUUUCCCCUUUCAGUUCACCACUUAAGCUAAAUAUCAGGAAAGAUUCGAGGGAAACGCAUUUAAUAAAAAAAAUAUGAUACUUACCAUAAUUUGAAUCUUGUAGAACAUUUGGGCGUAUUCCAUUGGUUUGCAUUCGAGCACCAGGUCCAUUGGUAUAAGAUAGCGUCAUGUAGGGUACACCGUUGUCGUCGAUAGAGUUUGAAGGGCCCAGUAUGUCACUACCUCGAGGGGUGUACCCGUUGAAAGCCAUGACAUGCGCGUGGUCGGCGGUCACCACUAGGAGUGAGUCAUCCUCCGAGAGCAGCUCAGCGGCGCGCGCCACCGCCUUGCUCAGCUCGAUAGUCUCAUCCAAAGCUAAGUGCACAUAAUUUUCAUGGUGACCGUGAUCUAUUCGUCCUCCUUCCACAAAUAGGAAGAACCCUUUCUCGUUGCGACUCAGUGAUCGGAUCGCAACCUCUGUUAAUUCAGCGAGCGUUGGUUCUGUUACAUUGUUAGCUUCUAAAUGAUAUUGCAUGUGAUUACUUUCGAAAAGACCCAAUAAAUAAUCAGGCGGAGAAGACGAGAGUUCCAUCAACUCAGUUCUGUUCCAUACGUAUCUGUGAGAAACAUUUUGAGAUCUCUUGCUAGCUUGCCAUUCUUCUAUUAAAUUGCGCCCAUCAGUUCUUAGCCCUCGUUCAUUUUCUUCGUCGGUCAUGUUGACUGGUAAAAAUUCACGGCGUCCACCUCCUAAAAUACCUUUAACUGGUUUCCUGGAGACAUGUUGAUCAAUUGAUAGGCGAUGUCGGGACAGAGGUUGGUGUCAUGGCCCGCGCUGGUAACGGCCGCGUCAUUCUCCCAGUUGCGGUUAGCCACCGAGGCGUACAAUCCCGCCGGCGACGCGUGCGUGAUGCGGGUUGUGGUCACCACACCUGCAAUUCCUGCAUCACGGCCAUCCUGCAGCGCCCAGGCGGCGAUGGACUGUACAUGCGUGGCGCGGUCCGUGGAGGCUGUGCAAUUGAAGCGAGGCACGGCGCCGGUCAAGCCUAUAGUGCCACUGUUCGCCUUCACACCACACAAAUAAGCCGUGGCAGUACACGCUGAAUCAGCUAUUUGAGCAUUUAGACAAUAAGUCUGGAAAGCAAUAACUUUGUUAUAAUACUUACACGUAGUUAUGUUUGGAAUAGUAGUGGUAGAGGACGGUAGCUGUUUGUCUACUAGGACAACCUAAUCAUGCUUCUAGUAUAUUUUACGGUUUUGUUGUUGCUGCCGUGUAGUCAGCGUGUUGUUUGUGGUGAUGAAUAUCACCCCGAUAUUGAUGAAGAAACGCGUUUAAAAGUAGAAGAUAGAGUGUCGCGUAAUGCUGGUGAAAGUACAGCACAAUACUGGUAUGAGGAAGCGCGUGGUGCGAUUCGUAAGCGUCAGGUGCGCGACCAAAGGCGCAGUGUAGCCCGCAACCUGGUGAUGUUCCUCGGCGACGGUAUGUCCGUGCCCACGCUGGCCGCCGCGCGCACUCUGCUGGGACAACGUCAAGGCAACACUGGCGAAGAAGCCAAACUCUCGUUCGAGAACUUUCCGUCCGUCGGCCUCGCUAAGACGUACUGUGUAAAUCAACAAAUACCUGACUCGGCGUGCACCGCAACAGCGUACCUAUGCGGCGUAAAGAAUAACUAUGGUACCCUGGGUGUGACGGCAGCAGUGCGACGCCGUGACUGCGCUGCCUCUACGGAAACUGCAAACCGCUUGGAGUCCAUUGCCGCGUGGGCUCUGGAGCAUGGGAAAGAUAUUGGCAUUGUAACGACGACGCGUAUAACACACGCAUCCCCUGCGGGUGCGUUUGCUAAAUCAGCUAAUCGGAACUGGGAGCAUGACGGUCUAGUGCGUGAAGAUAGUCACGAUCCUGCGCAAUGUCCAGACAUCGCCCACCAGCUCAUACACGAGCACCCUGGCAAACACUUCAAGGUUAUAUUAGGAGGCGGACGGCGAAAUUUUCUUCCAAAUUUUACAAGAGAUGAAGAAGGAACCAGAGGAAGAAGAACCGACGGGAGAAAUCUUAUCCACGAAUGGCAAGAUGACAAAAGAGAACGUAACCUAAGUUUUGCUUACGCUUGGAACAGGGCUCAACUCAUGUCUCUAAUGGAAUCUCCACCUGAAUAUCUUCUAGGUUUAUUUGAAGGAACUCAUUUGCAGUAUCACUUGGAAGCCAACAAAACUACUGAGCCUACAUUAUCAGAACUAACCGAGAUAGCUAUUCGGUCUCUGAGCCGCAGUGAGAAAGGAUUCUUCUUGUUUGUGGAGGGUGGACGCAUCGACCACGCGCACCACAGCAAUUACCCGCACCUGGCGCUCGACGAGACGAUUCAAUUGAGUGAGGCGGUGGCGCGCGCUGCUUCCAUGUUGCCUGAAGAAGAUUCAUUACUAGUGGUAACCUCUGACCACGCUCAUGUCAUGGCUAUUAACGGGUACAGUCCCCGAGGCGAAAAUAUUUUAGGCCCCUCUAACGAUAGAGACUCUGAUGGGGUUCCGUACAUGACUAUAUCUUACGCUAACGGGCCUGGUGCACGUGCGCAGAAUAAUGGCAGUCGCCCAAAUGUCGUUGUUGAAAAUGACUUUGGUCGUUUGCGUUGGCGCUCGCACGCCGAUAUGCCACUGUCGUCGGAGACGCACGGCGGCGACGACGUGGCGGUGUUCGCGCGCGGGCCGCACCACCACAUGUUCACCGGCCUGUACGAGCAGAGCCAGCUGCCGCACCUCAUGGCCUACGCUGGCUGCAUAGGCGACGAUGCCGUAAACUACUCCCAUUGCCAAUAAUUUUAAUAUGGUCAGGAAAUUUAGUUCGUAAACAUACAAACCUUCCUUCUCUUUUAGUAACCUUAAAUUGCACAGUAUUAUAAUGGGAAAAAUAUAUCAAUAUAUAAAUCCUAUGGUGCUUUCGUUAAAGUGAUACAGCUAAAUCACUAUUUUGAUUGACUGGGUAUAAGUGGUUUUUCUAUAACACUGACAGUAUUCUUAAUAGUUAUCUCCGUUCAUAGACUAUCGCUGAUUAUUCCAUUUGCUUCUCAAACGCGGUUUAAACAAAGAAAACAUUAAUAAUAUAAAAACAGUACUUAUUUAUAGUGCAAUGUAGCUUCAAUGACCCAAAUGAGGAACAUUGCUAAGCCGUAGGCACGGUAAUAAUAUCAUAAAUAUUACCGUGCCGUAGGGCUAUAUCUAAUCUAAAAAAAUCUUAGGUUUUCAUGAUGCACAAUGCACUGGUGUUGUCUGCGCGUGGUACAAACAAGACUGAUAAAAAGUCAUAGUCAUAGUCAUAAUGUUCAACGCACAAGCUAAUGGAUUAUGUCAGAAUGCGUGGCAGCCGCGAGUAAAAUGUCAUGACCGUGAUAUUUUGUUAGUUAUCACAAGCUUAUCGUUUCAUAGCUCAGCUGAUUAGGAUGCGGGUACAGUACCCCUGCUUCGACUAUCCCCUCUGGGGGGGGGGGGGAGUGUUCGGUGACGUCUUGUAUAUAAUCCGCUAUCUUUUAAUCCAACUUAUCGUGGCUAUAAAUUACAAAUAAUUACUGGAAUAUUGUUAUUGCCAGAUAAUCUUAGGCUUAAUCAAUUGCGACGUUUUUGGUAUGGCUACAGGAAAUACUUUGUAUUUUAAGUUAUUUACGGGAUUGUUACCAUGUACCUUGUUUUUAGCGAGUUUCCGAUAUUUCGGCACUGUUACAAGCGCCAUGAUCACGGAGUAACUGAAGUAAUUGCGGGUAGGCUGUUAUUGGCAGACAUAUCGGUCUACCCUCCGACGAAGUCUUUUAUUGCGUUCGAUAUCGUAUCGUAUCGAUUAUCGAUCGACCCGUAAAUAACUUAUAUUACUAUAAUGUUAGUGACCAUGAAAGUUUAAAACAAUAUAUACUUUGUAUUUGUCUAUGUUAUUUAUAUUUUGUAUGUAUGUAUAGAUUAUUAUAAUUUUGCUGUAUUAUUUGAUAUUCAUUUAAAUCAGUGAAUAAAGUAAUCUUAGAACAAAGUUUAAAUGAAUAUUUUAAGGUGAUAGUUAACGAGGGCUUUCAGAAAAAUGUAUUACUACUUGAUUGGUGCUAUUGCGGCGUGAAGAUUUUAGUAUGGAGUUUUUAUCAUGAUAUUCUGAAUAUUUUAAAUACAAUGUACUAUGAUACGUUGCAUUUAAAUUAUCAGAAAUUUUAUCAUAGACAAAUACAAUAAGCGGCCACCUAGCGCGUGUCAUUUCUGAACACACCUAUAAUCGUGGAACUUUGUGUAUGGAUUAAAUUACAUUAUUAGGUAUCUGUGAACUGCAUGAAUGAAAAUGUUGUUAAAGACUUAUGAUUGAAUAUACAGACAACUUCAUUUGUUAUAUUCCCAUCUAAUGUUAAGUGUCAAUUGAGACCAGGUGCUUUUGCCAGAUUGAUUUACCUUUACUAUCGUGUUUACGAUUUGAAAUGUAUAACGCCAUCUAGUGGUACGUAAAUGAAUUUAUUUACUUCGUACUAAUUUCGAAGUAAACGCAAACGCGAUAUUGAAGUUAAAUCGAGGCGCAACUCACACUUGGAUCGCAGGCGUUAAGUCAGUUCAGUCAGGUUAGGAAUUGGGAUGAUGACUAAUUUUUUUUUCUUCGUUUAUCAGGUAGAUUAUCAAAAAGUAUUGGACACGUAUUUUUUCUUUUUUCACAUAAUAUAAACAUUGCAGAGAAAAUUAACUCAAAAGUGACGUCACGAGCCCCUACUCCCAAACUUUGACGCGCUAUAACUUUGUCAUUUUUUGGUUGAUUGCCCAUAGAAAAAAUACGUUUUUGUUUCUUAGGUUUUCACGCACAUCACUCAUUAAAUAAAACUAGUUUUUACUGGUUAAUGUACGAAACUUUAUUUAUUUAUUGACGUUUCGUAGCCUUUACAGGCUACGUCGUCAGAAUUCUGACGUGAGAGUUCCCGGGUAAACAGUUGCGGCCGGCGAAGCGCCAGAACAAUAUAUAUUUCUGAGAUUUUGAAUUUAUAUUAGGCAAUACAGUUUUAUGGAGGAGCUCGAUGGCGCAAGUGGUUAGCGCGUUCGGCUGCGAUCGUUGAAAUUAAGCAACUUUCGCAGUGGUCGGUCAAUGGAUGGGUGACCAAAAAUCUUCUAUCUCGAGUUCCCCCGUGCUUCGGAAGACACGUUAAGCCGUUCGUCCCGGCUGCAUCUGCAGUCGUUAGCACCAAUCCGCAUUGGGCCCGCUUGGUGGGUCAUGGCCCAAUCUCCCUAUUCUAUCCAUAGGGAAGGCCCCAGCAGUGGGGACAUUAAUAGGCUGAUGAUGAUGAUGAUGGUGAAUACAGUUUAGAGCCGUAAAACGGAUUUAUCAGGGAGAUGGCGAUUCCUCCAUGACGUAAUUUAUAUGAUAGAAAUGGGUUGAAAUAAGGAACAUCGUUUGUAUAUGGCACUUUUUCGUUAAACUUCAUCUUUAUUAUCCUACCGGUACCCCGCGCCCCCCAUCGCCCGGCGUCAGUGGCUCGCAAUUAAUACAAAGUACAAAGAAAAAGGUCAAUUUUAAAGAAAUGCAAGAAAAGCGCUUCAUUACAUCAGAAAAAUUAUGUCACGUACGUACGAUAUGAAGUUAUUAUCCGACGUCCAAGCGAACGAAGUCGCGGGUACAGCUAGUAUAACAUAAAAAUAAAUAUUUGUGUUUUAAGUCACUGUCCGAAAUAACUUUAAAUGUAAGAACUAUAAUUAAGUGGUUAUGAGUAAGUAAUAAAUUCCGUAUGUCGUUCACAAUUCAUUAUUGUUAUCGAACACUACAAAUCAAUCAAUUUUGAAACGUUUUUUUUUUUAAUUUUUCGUUCUGAUUAAUUCUUCAAAGAAUUAUUGAAUGUUAAAGGGGAUUCGAUCGUUAAUCUCAGUAACCGAUCCCAGGUUUGUUGUGAUUUAAUCAACACAAGAUUUGAUGCGGAGAUCGACAAGAAAAGCAGACGUCGCACGUUGAGACACAAGACUGUCUCAGGUGUAGCCAUUGUAUGCUUACAUUUGAUUAACUCAUGCAAAUGUGCUGCACGAAAUUGUAUUGCAUCAAGACAUAACAGAAUUGGCGAGCAUAAAAUUUUUUAGUGAGUUGAAGUGGCGAACACAACAACUUUAUACCCGCCAUAGGGUGCGGCCAGAGUGCACUCAGAUUCAGAUUCAGAUUCAGAUUCUGAAAACAAGCGCGAGAAAUAAACAGUGUAGUCUAAGCAGGUUGCCUGCUUUUUCUCGUUUUUUCUUUUCUGAGUCUGAAUCUGAAUCUGAAUCAGGAGUGCACUCUGGCCGUACCCUUCGACUACACUGUUUAUUUCUCGCGCUUGUUUUCAGAAUCUGAAUCUGAAUCUGAAUCUGAGUGCACUCUGGCCGCACCCAUACACACUACGAGAAAUCGUUACGAUCAGACUGUACAGUUCGGACGGUACAGUUUAUACGAUUUCGUUUAGUAUAGGAAACUGUGCAGUUUUAUAACAUACACGCUACGAUUUAUCGGUACCGUCGGACUGUACAGUCUGAUCGUAACGAUUUAUCGUAGUGUGUAUGGCGGGUAUUAGACUGAGAACCUAGUCAGAAAUGUGUAAAGUCGAAAACAUUUUAGAAAGAUGUAUUAUCAUAGGAGAAAUUUAUAUAUAUCGCCAUAUUCGAUAUCAAUGUUAUUUUUAUCUAGGAACGUUAAUGCUUUAAUCUCUGUACUACAAGUUAUUUAAGUAACCUACCUAUAUUAUGUACUGGAAUAUCCUGGUAUGAAUAAAACUGAUUAACAAGAUCUGAUAAACAUGCCAGAAUCACGAAGGAUGUAGUUGUUACGUAAACAAAGCCGAAUAUAUUUCUGUAAUCGAGAAUAAGUAAAGCCUAUUCUACACGGAUGUAAUCCAGGGUCCCAACAAAGGUGACCAUGCCCGUUGCCAUCCAUCUAGACGAAGGAUGUAAUCCAAAUUUGGAUUAAGAAUAGGCUUUACAGUAGAGAACACCGUUUCUUACCAAAAAAAUAUUAAUGACUAAGCUUAAUAAUAAACAAAUGAACUCAGUUACGCUGUUAAGCCUAUGCUAGACUGAUGUAAUCCCCCUGGAUUACAUCAGUACCCAACAAAGGUGACCUUAAAUUAAAACUAGUUUUUACGGGUUAAUGCACGAAACUUUAUUUAUUUAUGACGUUUCGUAGGCUUUACAGGCUACGUCGUCAGAAUUAAACUUUUAUUUAAUUUGUCGAUCUACCUUCAAAAGACUUUUAUUGAGCGUUCGGUUAUUUCAUUGUUCGAUUUUUAAAGUUUUAUUGUCUAUGUAUGAAUUUAUUAUUUUAUUUAGUUAAUAAAGUAUUUUAUUUAAAUUCUUUUUUGUAAUUUUGAGUUUAUUUAUUUGACCCUAACUACCGUAAACUACCACCGGUUCCAAAAUUGGGAGACCUUUCUGAGAAGAACCGGCGAAACAAACUCAAGAGAGGCUUUCUAUCUCCUUCUUAUAUUAAAUUAUGCAAACAAAAAGAACUAAUAGUAUCUGAUGGUCUU